AUGGUAGCAAAUUUAACACUUUCAUCAAACGAUUUAACCGUGAAACUGGUAUACAAUUAUUCAGCUCCACCUAAUGUUUCACUUCAGGAGUCUAAUGUUGAGAAUUCAACUUUAACGCUUGAAGAUGGUAACACGUUCACAGGAACCACUUCUGUAGUCAAUAGUUUAGUUGAACAUUUUGAUCCUAGUUUAAAGGUCAAGAAUGAAACUGAUAAGACGGAGGUUCAAAAAUGGAUCAAAUCAACCGAAGAAGCUGAUAAAGAUUCGUCCAAAGUGGCUAAUGAGUUAAAUCAUCACCUAACCACUCGUACUUAUAUCGUUGGAAAUUAUUUAACCGUGGCGGAUUUAGUCGCGUUUGCCCGAACUUAUAAUUUCGUGGCUAAAUUAUCUUCUAAAGAACGAUUUGAAUUGCCUAAUUUAACGCGUUGGUUUGAUCUGAUCCAAAAUACCGCAGCUUCUGAGUCAGGUCCCAAAAGCGGGUUGGAUACUAUAAAAAUCGAUUUGGAAGCUCCAAAGGUUGAAAAGAAAGUUAAAAAAUCUAAAGAUCAAUCAAAAAGAGAUGAAGCAAUUGAAGCUUCUGCUGCUGGUUCGUCCACUAAAGAAGGUAAGAAAUCAGAUAAAAAGGCAGCAAAGGAAGCUGAAAAAGCUUCUAAAAAAGGAGAGAAGAAAGAGAAGAGGGAAAAUAAAAAGGAGGCUACCGUAGAACUGGUUAUUUCACCUUCCUUGUUGGAUCUUCGAGUUGGACAUAUUAUCAAGGCCGAAAAACAUCCCGAUGCGGAUUCACUAUAUGUUGAAAAAAUUGACGUUGGUGAAGCUGAACCGAGGACCGUAGUUAGUGGUUUAGUUAAAUAUAUUCCAUUAGAUCAAAUGCAGGAUCGAGACGUUGUAUUGGUCUGCAAUUUGAAACCAGCUGCAAUGCGCGGAAUCAAAUCAUUUGCAAUGGUUCUUGCAGCGACAUCAGCUGAAGGCAAUGUUGAACUUGUUGACCCACCACCAGGGUCGAAGCCAGGCGAUAGAGCAUAUUUUGAGGGAUAUGAAGAAGGGAGCCCCGAACCUGUAUUAAAUCCAAAGAAGAAAGUAUGGGAAACUUUACAACCUGGAUUAAUAACAACUAGUAACAAAGAAGCAUCAUGGGUCAAAAGUGAGGACAAAAGUGUCCAUUUACUUAGAACUGAAAAGGGCAUAUACAAUUGA